GACCAAUGGGAUCGGGUCUUUCUUUUAUACCAAAACCCCCGGCUGCUUCUUUCUCUCAGAAACUUGCACUAUCCAUUUCCUUUACUAUUACCGUAUAUAAGAGGAAUCCUCUUUCUGUUAUCGUCAUUAAAUUCGAUCUCCCUCGUUUGCUCUCUCCUUCCGUCAGGCACCAAACAUCAUGGCGAACUCCUCCCGUGGCAGCCGCGACACCUCCGGCAGCGGCGGCGGCGGCUGCUGCUGCAAACUCCUCUGCAGCCUUGUUCAGCUCGUCAUCUCCCUCGGCCUCGUCGUCUUGAUCUGGUGGCUCAUUUUCCACCCUCGCCUCCCCCGGGCCUCCGUCCAAGAGGCCCAGCUCAUGUCGUUCAGCCUCGCCGACAACUCCACCGCCCUCCUCUUCAACCUCACCGUCGGCCUCGCCCUCCGCAACCCCAACAAGCGCGUCGGCAUCUACUAUGACUCCUUGGUGGUUGCCGCCCUCUACCACGGGGUUCUGCUGCAAACGGCGCCGCUCCCGACCUUCUACCAGCACCACAAGAACACCACCGCGUUCCGCCCGGAGUUCGGCGGCAAAGCGACCGACGCCGGCUCCGUGGCCGUGUUCUACGGGAAAGAGAAGUCGGAGCAGAGGGACUUUAACUUCGAGGUGAAGCUCCGCGCCAGGAUAAGGAUGAAGGUGUGGUUCAUCAAGAUCGGCCACUUCAACCCCGUGUUCGACUGCAAGGUGCGCGCCCUGGUGCCGCAGGACGGCGGCAUGUCCGCCACGUUCCGGAUCUCAGAGUGCGACCGUUGAUCCACCGCCUUGUGAUUUCCCUUGGUGAGGGGAAGCCAUUCAUCUUUCGUUCUUGUGUUGUGUCGUUGGCUGCAAGAGGCCAUGUGAGGCCGCGUGUUGUUUGGAUCUGUUUCCGUCUUGCUUAUGAUAUCAAUUCAUUGACUCCUCCGAAGUCGUUCUUUUUUGGCCA